CAUAGUAGUAGUAGUCCCUCUACUGUAGUAUGCAUCACUGUUCUCAGUGAAAUCACAGUGUCAGCAGGGGCUUUAUUUUGAAACCAGAUACCGGAAGUUGUAUCAUUUUGUUUUUGAUGAAAUUGACACUUUUGGCUGAUUUUCAGCGGCUAUCCAUACAGGUGCGCCUGGAUGACAUUUGUGCGUAAUUUGCGGGCUGCAUGAAGUGCGUGUUUACCAUGUGAAUGUGAAUGUGAAUGCCAUGUGACGCUGUUUGGUGUUGCGGGCAGAGAUGCGCGUCUCCGGCGGAUCGGCUCCUCCGCUCCUCUCACACUGGGAACCGAGCAACUGGGGCAUGCAUUCACUUUAACACAGCCGACCAACAAGCUGCUGGAGGAGUCUGUGGGCUUACAGCACAUUCACGGGAUUAAAACGACGCUUUUUCUCUGCAAUAACACCGGAUCACUGGAGCUACAGGAGGUGGGUUUGAAGAGGAAGAUCUCAGUUUUUUAAGGAUAACAGGAAAACGUGCAAACCCCCAAAUGUGAAAAGGCAGGUGCGUGUCGAGAUUUGCACCUCGUUUUUUUUUUUUUUUUUUCUUUUGAUUUUCCUGUGAAAUGCAGCCUCUAUCUGACAGAUGUGUGGCACCACAACUGCUAGCCUACAGAGAGCAUCUCCUGUCUACCUGCUGAUGAUCUGCUGUGGUCGGCUGUGCAGAACUGAGACUGCCACAGCUGCAAAUCUCAUCAUCAGCAUCAACGUCUGCCACUUCAAACACGACAAGACACAGGAGGACAGAGGCUGAUCAAAGAGCCAGCAGUCACAAAGCACCUGUAGACGAUGACUCCGGCAGAGCUGCUCGCGUGAAAGCAGCAUGAGAUAAUUGAGGAGUGCCAUACUAACAGCUGAUUCAAGCUUCUUUUUUUUCCGUUUGGUGCUGAUGAAAAUGUUCCAGUGUGUCAGUUGACUGACAGGGUUGCAGUGCUGUUGUGUCUCUCUGGGACAUAGCCAGCAGCCGAAAGCUCAGACACCACGAAGGAGAUGGCUCGUCCAGGAUCGGGGUUGCUGGUGCCAGGCAACGGGAUGGGGUACCCACCUCAGAACCUGGCCAGGGUCGUGGUCUGGGAGUGGCUGAAUGAACACGGGCGCUGGAGGCCCUACACUGCAGCAGUUUGCCACCAUAUUGAGAACGUACUGAAGGGGGAUGCCCGAGGAACUGUAGUUCUGGGGCAGGUGGAUGCCCAGCUCACUGCUUACAUCAUCGACCUGCAGUCCAUGCACCAGUUUCGACAGGACACAGGCACCAUGAGACCAGUGCAGAGGAACUUCUACGAGCCGUCAUCCGCCCCGGGGAAAGGCGUGGUGUGGGAAUGGGAGAACGACAACGGCUCGUGGACGCCGUACGACAUGGAGAUCUGCGUGACCAUCCAGAACGCCUACGAGAAGCAGCACCCCUGGCUUGACCUGACCUCUCUGGGCUUCUGCUACCUCAUCGACUUCAACAGCAUGUGUCAGACCAAUCGGCAGAGCCAGCGCAAGCGACGCCUGCGGAGACGCAUGGACCUGGCCUAUCCGCUCAUCAUGGGUUCCAUCCCCAAGUCGCAGUCGUGGCCCGUUGGGGCCAGCUCCGGGCAGCCCUGCUCCUGCCAGCAGUGCAUCCUUGUCAACAGCACGAGAGCCGCCUCUAAUGCUAUCCUGGCCUCUCAGCGGCGCAAACAUUACGGAGGGACAGCGGGCAACCCAGGCGCUGCAGGAACCCUCGCUGUAGUGCGGCAGAGCAACACCUUCGCUGGAACCUCCCUCUGGUCGCCAACAUCCUCUUCCUCCGGCCCCAACAACAUCAACAUAAGUAUGGGCGGCGGGCAAGCCAAAGCUGAACAGGUGCAGUUGCCGCUGUCCUCUGCCAACUUCCCCUGUUCCCCCGUGAUGCCAUCUCUUUCAUCCGUCCACGGCCACCACGCUCUCACCAUCAACGGACAGAACAACCUGAACCGGCCGGGCACCCAGCGCAUUUCCAUGGGCACUGCCAGAGGAGCCAUCCCACCAGGAGUUCCUGCCCUCCCAGUAAAGAACCUGACUGGAUCUGGACCAGUCCACCCAGCACUAGCAGGUAUGACAGGUAUCCUGAUGUGCGCUGCAGGUCUGCCGGUUUGCCUGACUCGGGCCCCCAAGCCCAUACUGCACCCACCACCCAUCAACAAGAGCGACAUGAAGCCUGUGCCAGGGAUCAAUGGCAUGCGUCGCAAAACCAAGAAAAAGCACCUGAGGAGAGGCAAAAACCCAGAGGAUGUGGUGCGAAGAUACACAGAGAAGAUUAAAGUGGUGCCAGAUGAGGACUGUACCAUCUGCAUGGAGAGGCUGGUCAUGUCGUCAGGCUAUGAAGGCAUCCUGCAGCACAAAGGCAUCAAGCCAGAGCUGGUGGGCAAACUUGGCAAGUGUGGGCACAUGUACCAUCUGCUGUGCCUGGUGGCCAUGUACAACAAUGGCAAUAAGGAUGGCAGUCUUCAGUGUCCAACAUGCAAAACCAUCUAUGGGGAGAAAACAGGCACCCAGCCUCCUGGGAAGAUGGAGUACCACGUCAUCCCCCACUGCCUGCCCGGCUACUCAGACUCCAAGACCAUCCGCAUCGUCUACGACAUUCCUGCCGGGAUCCAGACCAAUGAGCACCCCAACCCCGGGAAGAAGUUCAGUGCGAGAGGAUUCCCCCGACACUGCUACCUCCCUGACAACGAGAAAGGCAGGAAGGUCCUGAAGCUGCUGAUCAUGGCCUGGGACCGACGCCUCAUCUUCACCAUCGGCACCUCCAGCACCACAGGCGAGUCGGACACGGUGGUGUGGAACGAGGUUCACCACAAAACGGAAUUCGGCUCCAACCUGACCGGCCACGGCUACCCCGACCCCAACUACCUGGACAACGUCCUGACAGAGCUGUCGGCCCAGGGAGUCGGCGAGGACAACCUGAAGGACUGACGGCCGGCUGAGCUGGUACACAGGAACACAACCCACCAUGUCCCGCCGUCUCCCAGAGAACAGGACGCUGCAUGACGGGCCAGCGAACUCUUUACCCCCCCACAAACAAAAGCACCCUGAUGAAGUGGUGGCACAAGAGCAACGGAAGCAAAAUAAAUGACGUGGUUACGGUCAAUAUUUUGAUUUGUAUAACCUAAGAUUCCCCCCCGCCCCCCGCUGUCUCUUGAUCCAUGCCUUGAGCAUGUUGUGUUCAUGCCAAAUUUUCUCAGAUGGUUGCAGAAUGUAAAGACGAGGGGAGAUUUCUGUCUUGGUAAAUGGCAUUUAACCCCUUUUUAGAUUCAAACUGAAGCUGUUCCUCUGCACUUGAUGAGGGGCCAAAACUAUACAAAGGCAUAUUUGUAGAUGCUGAACUCCAGAAUGCAUGGCCCAGACUAACGCUGCAUAAUGAAGGUUGGGCGAAUAUCUGUGAUCGGUUGAGGUGUCGAUAGUGUUGCUUGAUAUUGUGAAGAGAAAUUUAAGAGAAUUUCCGUCUUUUGAUUAAUCCAAAUUAAUCGAUUAUUUGCAUUCCCCUUUUUCUCUAAUAUUUAAUUAUUGUCCUGUAAGUGGUGAAACUUGGUUUUGUGAUUUGAAGGAGAGGAUUUGGGCUUUUUUUGGUGCACUGGACAUCUCUGACAUUUCCCACUUCUGAUACCUUAGCUCAGUUGUGGUAUAAAAUGGAAGUGUGUUCUGUAGUGCACCAAGUAGAUUCCAGAAAGAUAAAGGCUAUGAAAUAUUAGUGUUUGGUAAUAAACGUAUGUUGUAUGGUUAACCUUGUGGACUGUCUACGAGAGGGAACGUUGAAAUAGAUGAAGCGAGCAUCUUACCGGUCAGGUUGAUGCUUGUUACGAGGUGUUGCGACUUAACAGGCUGCGGUUGUGAAGCAGGAUUUGCUGUACGCUCCCAAGGUUAGACUCAUUUGUUUCGUUGACACACUGAUGACGCUGACCUCUGUGAAUAUAAAGCCUGCGUUCUUUUCUCCCUGUUGGAGGCAAACCCAGGCGUCGGCACGAUCCAUCAUCCUGACCAUAAAUGAGGUGCGAUUGCGUGCCCUGAGGCAGUAAUAUGCUGGCUUGAGGUCCUUGAGGGGGAAAAGCUGAACACGCUUCUCGCAGAUGGACGUUCAAACACCAACAGUUCUCCCUUGGAGAUCCAUCCUGCUCACCUGUUAUCCACAAGCCUCUUGUGAGCUUGUUUGCUGCUGGGCAGCGCACAGGGCUCCGCUGCUUGUAGCGAGCAGAGAACCAUCUCAUUCCCAGCGUGAGCUCACUCAGAGUUGCAAGGCCCGAUCCUGACAUAUGGCCUCGCCCCCCCACGUUCCUCCUCAGCAGCAGAGCGCUUCAUUCUAGGAACCUUGUUCGCUGGGAACUAUUUUUUCCUACGCUCUCUUCUCUCCCCCUCAGAUUUUAUGCCCGCGAGGUAAAGGCUUUUGAAGGUCCUUGGUGGAGAUCUUGUUUCUAUACUCUGAGAUGAAAGAUAACCCAGUGCUGCAUAAUUCUCCAUAAAUAUAUCUGAUCAAUUUUAAUGAGAGGGGGUGUUGAUGUAAGGUUUAUCGUGCGGGCGCCCAGCUGUGAGCUUAAUUUUGGAGUGAAUCAUAGUCUUCCAUAGCACUUUGAGGCAACGGUUUUGUUUAAUCAGUCGUUUAAUUUUUAGGAAAAAAUGUCUUAAACUGCAACGAAAUCUGUCUUUUUUUAAGUUGAUGUUUAUAAAACCGGCUUGCGAUGCUUUGAAAAAUAUAUAACAGAUGUGAUAUAUCUUUAAAUUCAAGCUCAAUUUGAGUCGAUGGUGUAAGUUUAAUUUAUUUUUAUACUCUUCUAUAUAGAGAAUAUAAAGAUACCGACUGGCCCACAUAUCUAUACGCAGGCACAUGUUAACAUGAAUACAUAAAAUCUGGCAAAGAUGAAUUUGUCAGUACGUCAGGGACUGUUGAAAUAUGUACGACAUGUUUUGGACGUCUUAUAUUACAAGUAGUCUUAGCGUAUGCUGCUGUCGUUACCUUAAUGUAGAAUCUGUGUAGUUGACCCCCCUGUGGGACUCCAAGAAAUACAGUAAAUGUGUCUUUAUUAUUGGUGGGGGAGCUUUAGCAGCAUGAAGAUGUCCGUUCCCCCCAAGAUGGGCCAUUUCUCUUUUUUCUACUUGUCCAGAACAUGAAGGGAUGCAGUCAGCAAUCUUUGUUCAGUCUGAAGGUGAAAACGACGCGCCUGGGUUCAAUAUUUCUGUGUUAAACUUUAACUGCACAGAGGUCUGUUUCAGAAAGCGGGAUUAGUAAAACGUCAGAUUUCGUUAAGCCUGAGAUGAGGUAAACUGUGGAUUUUCAGUUCCAGGAAGAGAGGUAACUCUGGGUCAGUUACCAUAGUAACUGACUGUGAACCUAACCUGCUCGCUGGCAGGUUUUCUUCAAUAAACCCUGAGUUUCUCUCCGUCUCCUCCCUCUAACAGAGACAUUCAUUCAGUCCGUAUCGAAGCGCAUUAAUUAGCGGAGGUUCACGUCGGAAUUUAAAGAUAUUAGUUUGUUACUCAAGUUGUCCUUCUUUUUGUCAACUUCAUUUUAUAACGUUGUGACUGAGACAGCUGUCAGUUUGUUAGAACAGUUCCACUAAAAUGUGUAAUCUCAGUUUAAAUACAAAAAAUCUGUAUGAAGUUAUGACCUGAGGAUCAAUGAGUAAUGAUCUCUAUCACUAAUGAUGUGACUGGUCGCACUGCUGGAACAUAAUUCCUAUAAUAUUGUAGAUUAUAUGUUAAUAUUUGUGGUGCAGCUGCAGAAUAGAGUUAGAAAGAGAGUUUUAAAUAGGCUGCGUAUAGUCUGAAUGUGUUUUAACAGCAUUUCAGUGGCUGUGUUUAAAUUGACUACAUUUGUUGAAGUAGCUGAAAUAAACUCACUGAAUGCUGUUGAGCCAAGAUCCAAAUAGAUGUCUACCAUUUAAAAUCAACCGUAUUUUAACCUUUAAAUCACCGAACACAUUAUUACUGGACCAGAUUGUGAGCUUAUGCCAUGUCUUUAUGUCUCUGAUUGAUAUAUUUUAGAUUUUUCAUCUUAAGUUGCUGGUUCCUGUGUUUUGUCCUCGUCAGAUUAAAGCUGAACAAAUCUAUUUAAAAUGUAAUGUAUGCUACAGUCUAAUACACAGUCAGAUUCCACCACUUUAUCUUCCAUUAAGGAAAUGGAAGUCUGAUAAAAGAUGAAUUAAUGGACAACACUGAAUACAGCAUUAUUAU